GUAAAUCUCUGUCUCUCUCUCUCUCUCUCUGGGACUGUAGAUGGAUUUGUAGCUGUUGAGCAACAUUUGACAUAUUAUUCAGUUCUUACUGGUUCAUCUGAAGCUUUCUGAGUUUACAGCGUUCCCUAUACAGCCAUGAUUUCAGGUCUAUCACUGAGAUGGGUUUUAUUGUUUCUUUUUCCAAGUCUCAGCCAUCAGACUUCUUCUGGGAUAUUUUCACUGAAGGUUCAGUCUCCAGUCUCAGCGCUGCUUGGUUCCUCUGUGUCUCUGCACUGUGCUCUUGCAAAUAGCAUGGAUGUUCGACACCUGGAAGUGCGCUGGUACCGUCCCAAAAUGCUUGACACCUCAGUCCUGCUCUAUAAGAACACACAGAUCCAAAAGAGUCCAGUAGAUGUUCAGUACCAGGGCAGAGUAUUCUUGUUAGGAGAACUGGAGAAAGGAGAUGUCUCUCUGAAAAUGGAGAACCUGAUGCUAGCAGAUAGAGGAGACUAUGUGUGCUACGUGAGCAGUGAUGACUGGUAUGAUAAGGCCACGGUGUCCCUCAGCAUAAGAGCAGUGGGAUCCACUCCUGUUCUCUCCAUAAAUGAAGCAGAAGGAGGGAAAAUGAAUGUCAGCUGUCAGUCACAUGGUUGGCUACCUGAGCCGUCAAUCAUCUGGACAGAUAAAGAUGGGAGAGAUCUGAAACAUCUCAGCAAAAACAAGUUCAUCAACAAUUCUGAAGGGGUUAUAGAUGUGACCUCAUGGCUGAUUGUGUCUCCCUCUUCUACGUGGAUCUCCUGCUCUGUGGGUUUGUCUGAUCAGGAGAGAAAAGACAGCAGAAUAACAUUAUCCAUCCCUCCGGGUAUCACAGAGUCGGUGAAUGGAUAUGCCAUUGCGAUUCCCGUUCUUCUGCUGCUGUGUGCCGCUGGAAUUGCAGUGUUUUGCAUGUUACAUAAAAAAGGUCUGAUUCUCUCCAAGAGAAAAAGGACAGAAAAUACAGGAGAUAAAACAUCAGGAGCUCCGUCAGAAAGAGAGCCUCUGAACAAGAUCCCUGUGGAGAAUCAGGAUCAGAAUGACGCUCCAUCCAUGAAUACAGUUCCUGACGAUGUGGUUGUAGAUAUCGAUCAAAAUUCUGAGCAAAAGGCAGACAUACCACCAACUUCAACUCCAAAUCUCAAUCAGCAGAAAUCAUCUGAACAGCAGAAUCCUGAGGCAGUGAAAGAAAAACCACAACUUAGAGAUCUCAAUCAGCAGAAAUCAUCUGAACAGCAGAAUCCUGAGGCAGUGAAAGAAAAACCACAACUUAGAGAUAAAACAUCAGGAGCUCCAUCAGAAAGAGAGCCUCUGAACAAGAUCCCUGUGGAGAAUCAGGAUCAGAAUGACGCUCCAUCCAUGAAUACAGUUCCUGACGAUGUGGUUGUAGAUAUCGAUCAAAAUUCUGAGCAAAAGGCAGACAUACCACCAACUUCAACUCCAAAUCUCAGUCAGCAGAAAUCAUCUGAACAGCAGAAUCCUGAGGCAGUGAAAGAAAAACCACAACUUACAGAUCUCAAUCAGCAGAAAUCAUCUGAACAGCAGAAUCCUGAGGCAGUGAAAGAAAAACCACAACUUAGAGAUAAAACUUCAGGAGCUCCGUCAGAAAGAGAGCCUCUGAACAAGAUCCCUGUGGAGAAUCAGGAUCAGAAUGAUGCUCCAUCCAUGAAUACAGUUCCUGACGAUGUGGUUGUAGAUAUCGAUCAAAAUUCUGAGCAAAAGGCAGACAGACCACCAACUUCAACUCCAAAUCUCAGUCAGCAGAAAUCAUCUGAACAGCAGAAUCCUGAGGCAGUGAAAGAAAAACCACAACUUAGAGAUCUCAAUCAGCAGAAAUCAUCUGAACAGCAGAAUCCUGAGGCAGUGAAAGAAAAACUACAACUUACAGAUAAAACAUCAGGAGCUCCGUCAGAAAGAGAGCCUCUGAACAAGAUCCCUGUGGAGAAUCAGGAUCAGAAUGACGCUCCAUCCAUGAAUACAGUUCCUGACGAUGUGGUUGGAGAUAUCGAUCAAAAUUCUGAGCAAAAGGCAGAAAUACCUUCAACUUCAACUCCAAAUCUCAGUCAGCAGAAAUCAUCUGAACAGCAGAAUCCUGAGGCAGUGAAAGAAAAACCACAACUUACAGAUUUGGAUGAAGUGAAAAAAUUCAAAGUGAACAUCACCAUCGACCCAGAUGAAACUCCAGAGUUUCUAACAGAAGACAGAAAGGAAGUAUUCUGCAGUGUUCCAAGGCCAGCCUGGGAUAUUAACAGUUCUGAUGAAGAUGAGAAAGUCUUCACUCUGUGUAAGGCGAGGUUCAAUGUCGGUAAACGUUACUGGGAGGUGAAAGUCAGAGAAUCACAUAAAAUAGAGAAACUCUCCUGGUUUGUUGGUGUUGCGAGUGAAGCAGCUGAGAGAGAGUGCAAUAUCCCGUUGACUCCACAGAAUAAAUUUUGGGUUCUCAGUUAUGAAAAAGAAAAAGGACUUUAUAUCAGAGAUAAAGCAGAACUGAUUUCACUCCCAGAUGUUCAUAAAGAGCUCACAGCAGUGGGAGUGUUUUUAGACUGUGAUGAACACACACUGUCAUUUUAUAACAUUAAUACAAAAUCACACAUCUACACUUUCACUAAUGUGGAACCCAGAAGAAUUUCACUACGUCCCCUGAUCAGCCCUGGAGUCAGAGACAAUUAUCCUGUAUGCAUUCUUUAGAAAAAUAAGGACAAACUGUAGGAAACGUCUGUAAUGUGGUGAUGUGUGAAUUUAUAAUAUUAGCAGUGAUAUAAUCUACAGUAUGUAUUUAUAUAAAGUAUUUCUACACACUGUACAUAACACAUUCAUAACAUCUUACAUCUCUGAACAGUGAAAUGUUUCCUCACAGCUGUAAAUAUUUACCUUUAUUCUGUCUUUACUGUAGUUAGAAAAUACAUUGUUUUUUACUGGUAUCACAGUGUAGAACUUUAACAUGCAC